CAGUUUGCUGGUUCAAGUCGAUCAGAAUAUUCAGAUAUGGACUGAUCAUAACUUGCGCAAUUUACAAAUAUUACAUAGAAAUUGCACUAUUUACGGCUUUGUGAAUUAUCCUCGAUAUAAAGACCCAAUUAUAAGUAGUCUCGUAGCUUUAGCUAAAACUUUGUAUUAAGACAUCGUGUUAUAUGUCCGCGAUAGUUCCUUGUUUCUUCGAUUAAAAGUAUUACUAUCACAGAAUACUUCAUUAGGAUGGCGGCGGCUGUGGCGAAUGGUUGUGUAAAUGCGAGCGACAUAAAGUCUUAUAAAAAUGUACAGGAUUGUAACGGAACAGAAGGGAAGUUACUAAAUGGCGAAGUGAAAAACAUUACAAAUGGCUACACGAAGUCAACAAACACGAGAAAUGGUGACGCUAAAAAGUUUGUGGAGGAGGGUGGGGGCGUGCCGAAGAUGGACUGGUCUGCGUACGACACGUUCCCGGGCUCCUUCGAGAAGUGCACGCUGCUGACAGCGGUGCUCACGCACGUCGGCCUCUACAUCCUCAUGUUCCUCGGCUUCGUCAACCAGCUGCUCUUCAAGCCCAAGGUCGCCACAGAGAAGAAUAGAGAGGGGUACGCGCCGCUGUACGACCCCUUCGAGACGUUCUUCUCGCGCUACGUGUACCGGCGCGUGCGGCACUGCUUCAACCGGCCCAUCUGCUCCGCGCCCGGCGCAGAGCUCACGCUCAAGGAGCGCUGCACCGACGACCACAACUGGAGCUUCAGGUUUACGGGCAAGGAGCAGCGCUGCAUCAACCUGGGCUCGUACAACUACCUGGGGUUCGCGGAGGGCGCGGGCGGCGCCACGCACGCCGACGUGGUGGCGGCCACGCGCCGCUACGGCGUCGCCAUGUGCUCCGCGCGCGCCGAGCUCGGCUCCACGCCGCUGCACGCCGAGCUCGAGGCCACCACGGCGCAGUUCCUCGGCGUCGAGGCGGCCAUUGUGGUGGGCAUGGGGUUCGGCACCAACACGCUGGGGCUACCCGGCCUGCUGGGCCCCGGCUGCCUGGCGCUGAGCGACGAGAACAACCACGCGUCGCUGAUCCUCGGGCUGCGCCUCGCGCGCGCCACCGUGCGCGUGUUCCGACACAACGACGUGCGCCACCUCGAGCAGCUCGCGCGACACGCCAUCGCCGAGCGCAAGUGGAGGAAGAUCGUCAUCGUGGUGGAGGGCGUGUACAGCAUGGAGGGGUCCAUCGUGCCGCUGGCGGCGCUGGUGGCGCUGAAGCGGCGCCUGGGCCUGCAGCUGUACCUGGACGAGGCGCACAGCGUGGGCGCGAUGGGCGCGACGGGGCGCGGCGUGACGGAGCACGCGGGCGUGGACCCGCGCGACGUGGACGUGCUCAUGGGCACCUUCACCAAGAGCUUCGGCGCCGCCGGCGGGUACAUCGCGGGGUCGGCGCGGCUGGUGCGCUGGCUGCGGCAGCACGGGCACGCGCACACGUACGCGCAGGCGAUGGCGCCGGCGGUGGCUGCGCAGGUGCUGGCGGCGAUGCGGGCGCUGGGCACGCCGCGUGGACGCGCUCGCCUCACCGCGCUCAAGGACAACACGCACUACUUCCGCGACCAACUGCAGGCGAUGGGCGUGGUGACGUUCGGGCACCGCUCGUCGCCCGUGGCGCCGCUGCUGGUGUACACCUUCAGCAAGAUGGCGGCCACCGUGGAGCGGCUCACGGCGCGCGGCGUGGCCACGGUCGGCGUCGGCUUCCCCGCCACGCCGCUCAACAAGGCCCGGAUACGGUUCUGCCUGUCGGCGUCGCACUCGCGCGAGCAGCUGGACGCGUGCCUGGCGGCCGUGCGCGACGUGGUGCAGGAGCUCGGCCUCGCCUACUCGCGCCGCUAGCGCAACGCGGUCCAAUACAACUUGUACUCAAUAAAUUAUUAUUUUCUCACA